AUGACUACAAAAGUGAUGAACAACGGGUCGGUCAAAGUUUACCCCAAUGGCCACACCAGCGGUACAGGUCAUAAUACAGCUCCGGUAGUCACACCGGCCUAUAAGCCAGUGAUUAAGUAUAGGAAUAGUCAUAUGGUAUGGAUGCCUGUCGUGCACUUGUCUGCCAUUUAUGGCCUGUAUCUGGCGGUAACUGUGGCCCAGUUUAAGACCAUAAUGUUUAUGAAUGUAUUAGUUAUGAAUACAAAAGUGUUUGACAUCGGGUCGGUCAAAACGGACCCCAAUGGCCAACCCGGCAGUGAUAGGGCACCGGUAGUCACACAGGUCUAUAAGCCAGUGAUUAAGUAUAGGAAUAGCCAUAUGGUAUGGAUGCCAGUCGUACACAUGUCCGCCAUUUAUGGCCUGUAUUUGUCGGUAACUGUGGCCCAGUUUAAGACCAUUAUGUUUAUGAAUGUAAUGGCAUUUAUGGCAUCGUUUGGUACCUUGUGUGGGGCCCAUAGGCUAUGGUCGCACCGGUCAUACAAAGCCAAACUCCCGCUACGGAUAAUACUAAUGUCAUUGCAAACACUGGCCUUCAUAGCGGACAUCCGUGAGUGGGCUCGCGAUCAUCGGCUGCACCACAAACACAGCGACACCGACGCUGACCCACACAACUCCCGCCGGGGUUUUUUCUUUGCCCAUAUCGGCUGGAUUUUCUACCGCAAACACCCCGAUGUAAUAGCCAAGGGCAAAACCAUCGAUGUGGCCGACCUCGAUGCUGACCCAGUGGUCAGUUUCCAGCACCGGUAUUACCUGGUGUUGGUGUUAUUCAUAUGGGGUUUAGGGCCGGCGUAUGUGCCCUAUUGGUUGUGGUCGGAGUCGUUGUGGUGCUCGUGGUUUGUGGCAGUUAUGCUCCGCUACUGUAUAUCAUUGCACACAAGUUUCCUGAUUAAUGGUGCUGCACAUAUGUAUGGCAUGAAGCCGUACGACAACUCUAUAAUUCCUGUUGAGGCAAAUGUUAGACACUUUAUGGUCGGCGAAGGCUUUCAUAAUUAUCACCACACGUUUCCCCAGGAUUACUCGGCCUCAGAGAUGGGUGCGAUUGACUCAUUCAACCCGCAGACGGCAUUCAUAGACAUGUUUGCGGCCAUCGGUUGGGCCUAUGAUCUGAAGAAGCCGUCCAUCGAUAAUGUGAAGAGCCGUCGGAUCAGAUCCGGUGACAAUAGUAACCAGAUAUCCAGAUCCCGGCUGUCGGAGCAAAUCGUGGGUUUAGUGACAGUAUUUAUGCCCUUUUUGGCCAUAACUAUACUCCGGAUGAAUGCGUUUGUAUGGCCUGUAAUACCGAUUGCAUUAUAUCUGAUUGCAAGCCAUCCGCACGGCUUUAGCACUAAUAAAACAAAUAUGGUUACAGAAGAGGUGGGCAAUGGGUGCGAUGGCAGUGCACCGGCACCCACACCGGCCCCAUAUAAGCCUGAGCUAAAGUUUAAUAAUCGCCACAUGAUAAUUAUGCCGGUCAUUCACUUGUCGGCCAUUUAUGGCCUGUAUUUAGCGGUAACUGAGGCCCAGUUUAUGACCAUAUUCUAUAUGAAUGUAAUGGCAUUUAUGGCAUCGUUUGGGACCUUGUGCGGCUCCCAUAGGCUAUGGUCGCACCGGUCAUACAAAGCGAAACUCCCGCUACGGAUAAUACUAAUGGUAUUGCAAACACUGGCCUUCAUUAGCGAUAUCCACGACUGGGCUCGCGAUCAUCGGCUGCACCACAAACACAGCGACACCGACGCCGACCCACACAACGCCCGCCGGGGUUUCCUAUUCUCACACAUUGGCUGGAUUUUCUACCGCAAACACCCCGAUGUUAUAGCCAAGGGUAAAACCAUCGACGUGUCUGACCUACUGGCCGACCCAGUGGUCAGUUUCCAACACAGGCAUUACUUUGUGUUAGGCUUAUUCAUAUGGGGUUUAGGGCCGGCGUUUGUGCCCUAUUGGUUGUGGUCGGAGUCGUUGUGGUGCUCGUGGUUUGUGGCAGUUAUGCUCCGCUAUGUUAUAUCACUUCACACCAGUUUCCUCAUUAACAGCGCCGCACAUAUGUAUGGCAUGAAGGUAUUUAUGCAUGUUAACUAG